AUGAGCCGAUCGCUGACAGCUCCUUACACAGACCGAUGGGCCGACGUCCGCUGGCUGUCCAGGGGUGGAAAGGAAGGCCAAGGACCACGAAACCAGAACCUGAAGAAGGAUGGUGAUAAGGGCAAGUCGGGCACGAGUGCAAACACAGCUGUCAGCAGCAACACGGACGUGCACGCAUUCACGGCAACCUUCGACAGUGCAGCACUUGCUCGUAGCCACACAGCUGAUGGAAACAUCCGGAUCGAGGUCUAUGACAGCAGUGCAACACGUCACAUUUCCCCAUAUCGCGACACGUUCACGGCAUUUGAGGCAACCCCUCCAAAGCCAAUCACAGCAGUUGAUGGCCGGGCAUUCCACGCAACAGGUCAGGGAACCGUCGCCCUAAAGGUUCCAAAUGGUGAUCAGUGGACAACUGUCAUGCUACAAGAUGUGCUGUAUGCACCCGAUAUAGCCUUCGCACUCAUUUCCGUUGCGCGUGCCGAUGCUGCAGGGUAUUCUGCCAUCUUUGAGCAAGGAGAGUGUCAUAUCAUCUCCCGCAGCAAAGGACGAAUUGUCGGCCGCAUCCCAUCAAACAAUGGCCUCUUUCAUGUUGAGCAUGCAUGUACAACAGCUGGAAUAGUUCUAUUGCCACCUGGAGAUGUUGUUGAGCAUGGACUGGUGAUGACAUCAGUCAUGGAUUUUCAUCGUCGCAUGGGCCAUAUCUCACCUAUGAUCGCUGAACGCCUAGUGCGUGAAGGAAGAGUCGAAGGUGUCCGUUUGACAGACAGUGCAAAGCCGGGUACGGACCAAUGCGAGUCGUGCAUCCAGGCAAAAAUCAUGCGUCACCCCAUGCCGAAGGAGCGUGACGGUGCACGCGCCAAAGAACUAGGCGACAGAGUUCACUCAGACGUAUGGGGACCUGCGCGUACUGAGACGAUAGGCGGGAAGAAAUACUUUACCUCGUUCACAAACGAUGCAACACGCUGGACCGAAUUGUACCUGCUGCAUGCGAAGUCCGGUACCUUCCAGGCCUACAAGUCCUAUGAGGCGAAGCUCAGUACACAGGAUGGCAAAACUGUAAAGGCCUUGCAGUCCGAUCGAGGGGGCAAAUAUAUGAGUGCUGACUUCAAAGCUCACCUUGCUGCGAAAGGCACGGCCUCCCGUCUUACAGUGCAUGACACCCUGCAACACAAUGGGCUUGCAGAGCAUAUCAAUCGAACACUUCUGGAGCAUGCGCGGGCAAUGUUGAUUGCCUUAGGCUUGCCGAAGAGUCUCUGGGGCGAGGCAAUAAUGCACGCAACUUGGUUGAAGAACCAAACGUCAACUCGUGCACUGGAGGGGAAAACACCAUAUGAGGUGCGCUACAGCAAAGUCCCAGACCUCGGCAACAUCCACGAGUUCAGUGCAAAAGUGUGGGUAUGCAUCGAAGAUGCCGGGAAACUUGAUUCCAAGGCACACGAGGGCCGAUUCAUCGGUCACAGUGAGGAGAGCAAGGGGUACCACGUGUACUGGCCAGACAAGCACAGCAUAACCCAGGGGGCACCCACCGGGACUUUCUCAUCGGGUCAACCUCGGACCAUAUGGAAGUACAACACACUGUUCCACAUCACUAUGGAGCACUCGAAAGAGGACGGAAUGCUACCACCAAUCGCCCCGCAACUUCUCGUGGACAUGCAUAUCUCACGAGCCGAAGAAGCAUUCAUGGAGAUUGACGAGCAGGUUACUGAAGAGUGGAGGUUGGAAAAUGAAAUUCCGAAUACUGAUGUGAUAGAAGAGACGCGCGAAGGGCUCGCGCAGAAGAGGAAUAGAGCACCGUCGACAGUAGUUAAACAGCCUCGCAGGAAGGCGGCAAGGUAUGUCAUUUCGGAUGACACUCAGCCCGAGAGGGCGAGGGCGACAGGCGGUCCGAGUGUGUCCAAAACGCUGUCAGUACCAGCGCCAGAAGAGGAAAUGGCAUCACGCACCAUCGAUCCCCCGACCCCUGCCACUCCAACUCCUCUGUCAUCACCUCCUGAAGCACCAGCUCCUGAGGCACCAAGCGGCAGAGGACAUCGUGUUCGCAAGGCAUCCGCAUAUGUCCAGCGAUUGAACGAUGGAUCUGGUGUCGCUGACGGACGCCUGAGCCAGUCGAAAUACCCAAAAGGUUUGCAACCUGGUGACCUGAUGGGAGCUGUGGCCAUUGAGGCAGAAAGCAAGGAUGAAGUUGAGUCGAUCUUCAUGAUGCCAGCAUUGAUGGAGACUCCUAGACAGGAUCCAGCUUCUCUGAAUGAAGCCAUGCAGAGCACAGAAUGGCCGAAAUGGACGGAAGCAAUAGCGAAGGAGAUGCAAAACCUUGAUAGUCAUGGCACAUACACACUGGUCGAGCCACCUAAGAACACUAACAUUGUAGGAUCCAAAUUCGUCUUCCGCAUCAAACACAACGCGGAAGGUGAAAUCGAGUCCUACAAGGCUCGUCUCGUGGCUCAGGGAUUUACACAGGUGCCAGGGAUCGACUUCAAUGAGACAUUUGCCCCAGUGGCCAAGCUCGCGUCGAUUCGCCUGAUUCUCACGCUCGCCGCACACUACGACUGGGAGCUGCACCAGAUGGACGUCAAGGGGGUGUACCUGAACGGGGAUCUCGAGGAAGAGAUUUAUAUGUGGCAGCCUCCUGGGCAAGCUGAACCUGGGAAAGAGCACCUUGUCUGCAGGCUCAAGCGACCUCUGUAUGGGCUAAAGCAGAGCGGUCGUCAGUUCCACAAGAAGAUUUCUGGUGAACUUGGCAGCAUGGGACUCACCAGGAGCAAGGUCGACCACUGCAUCUUCUGGCUUCGCAAUGAAGAAGAUGUCCUCAUCUUGCUCAUCGCGCUUUCCGUUGACGACUCGACCAUUGCAGGCACCAAGGCGGCGGUUUUCUGGUUCAAGCGAGAGAUCAGCAUGCAUUUCGAGAUGUCAGAUCUCGGAGAGAUGCACUGGAUCUUAGGGAUCGAAGUGCGGCGUGACCGCGAUGCGCGCACAUUGUCUCUGUCGCAGUGUGCGUAUAUCGACAUGAUUCUCGCGCGUUUCAACCUCCAGGACGCGAAGUCAUUGACUACACCACUUGACCCCGGGACUGUCCUCAGCAUCCACCAAUGCCCCUCCACUCCUCGUCAGUUUGAAGACAUGAAGAACAUACCAUAUCGCGAAGCGAUCGGUUCGCUCAUGUACGCGGCACUUGGGACGCGCCCUGACAUUGCAUACGCUGUAACGGCUCUCUCGCAAUUCAUGAAGAAUCCAGGACGGCCGCACUGGGAAGCAGCAAAGAGGGUUUUUAGGUACCUCGCAGGAACGAGGGAGAGAUGGCUGACAUUCGGAGAGACAACGGAUGGCGUGGAAGGCUUCUCGGACGCGGACUGGGGAUCGGCCGAGCACAGGCACUCGAUUAGCAGGUAUGUGUUCCUCCUUGAUGGCGACGCGGUCUCAUGGUCUGCUAAGAAGCAGAAUGUUGUCGCGUUAUCAAGCACCGAGGCGGAAUACAUCGCGAUAACUCACGCGACAAAGGAAGCACUCUGGCUUCAUUCCCUCCUCGCCGAUGUCCUCCACCCUGACAUCCUCCGCUACCCGGUGCGCUUGCACAGCGACAACAAGUCAGCGAUUGCCCUUGCUAAGGACGAUGCUUACCACGCACAUACCAAACACAUCGACAUCCGCUUUCAUUUCAUCCGCGAGACCGUCGAGAAUGGCCAGGUCAUUCUGCAAUACCGCCGUACUGAAGACAUGCCGGCAGACAUAUUCACAAAGGUUCUGCCGCGCAUCAAGGUCGAACAUCUCUCGCGCCUCAUUGGGCUGCACGAGAAUUGA